GCAUGCUGGGUCUUGUAGUCUGUUUCCCGAUCUGCAGGACUAGGCUCUAGAGCUCCUGAGUCGGCCGGCGCAGGAUGUGAGCUCACAGCCGAGAUUGCAGCUAGCCAGCCGCAGGCCAGAGGCUGCACGGAGUCCGCUUGCCACCGUGGAAGACAGGGUGUCUCUGUGGAGCCUGGCUGUCCUGGACUUGCUUUGUAGACCAAGAAGGCUUCAAAUUCACAGAUACCUGCCUCUGGCUCCCAAGUUCUGGGAUUAAAGGCACUGAGAGUAUGAGGCCCUGGCCUCUGCGGGCCACUCACUUCUGACCACUUCCACCACGGCAGAGCCUUCUAAGCCUUCCUCCUGCCGUGUGGUGAUCUACCUGCAGCGGGAGAUGUCAGGGGACACCUGUCUGUGCCCAGCCUCAGGGGCCAAGCCCAAGAUCAGUGGCUUCAAGGGAGGUGGGCUGGGCGACAAGUACGUGCAGCUCAAUGUGGGAGGCUCCCUGUACUACACCACAGUGCGGGCCCUCACCCGGCACGACACCAUGCUCAAGGCCAUGUUCAGUGGGCGGAUGGAGGUGCUGACCGACAAAGAAGGCUGGAUCCUCAUAGACCGAUGUGGAAAGCACUUUGGCACCAUCUUGAAUUACCUCCGAGAUGACACCAUCACCCUCCCUCAAAGCCGGCAAGAAAUCCAGGAAUUGAUGGCUGAAGCAAAAUAUUACCUCAUUCAAGGGCUGGUGGCCAUGUGCCAGACUGCCCUGCAGGACAAGAAAGACUCCUACCAGCCUGUGUGCAACAUCCCUAUCAUCACGUCCCUGAGGGAGGAGGACAGGCUCAUUGAAGCCUCCACUAAGCCUGUGGUGAAGCUGCUGUACAACAGGAGCAAUAACAAGUACUCCUACACCAGCAACUCUGAUGAUCACCUGCUGAAAAACAUUGAACUGUUUGACAAGCUGUCCCUGCGCUUCAAUGGUCGCGUGCUCUUCAUCAAGGAUGUCAUUGGUGAUGAGAUCUGCUGCUGGUCUUUCUAUGGCCAGGGUCGUAAGCUGGCAGAGGUGUGCUGCACCUCCAUUGUGUAUGCCACAGAGAAGAAGCAGACGAAGGUGGAAUUCCCAGAGGCCAGAAUCUAUGAGGAAACACUCAAUGUCCUUCUCUAUGAGACCCCUCGAGUCCCAGACAAUUCCUUGCUGGAGGCCACAAGCCGGAGCCGCAGCCAGGCUUCCCCCAGUGAAGAUGAGGACACCUUUGAACUACGGGACCGAGUCCGUCGCAUUCACGUCAAGCGCUAUAGCACUUAUGACGACCGGCAGCUCGGACAUCAGUCUGCUCAUCGUGACUAAUAAGACCCUUAGGAAAUCAGGGCACAAGAAGUCCUGACGGCCACCCUAUAGAGCUCCUGCUAGCUGGGAGCCUGCUAAAAUUUUAAACAGCCCUGUUUGGGAGGUGAGGGAGCUGGGAGAGGAAAGGCCACUGGCUUGCCUGGCCCCCUCCCCCAGCACCUCCAGAUGCCACCCCACUUCCUGCCAACAGGGAGCUACUUCUGCUUAGGGUGAGUGCACUGACUUCCCACCUCCUGCCAGGAAGACUCCCUGGGCUCUUGGCUGAGUGCCAUUCUGAAGAGCUUCUUUAGUUCCUCAGCUGAGGCCAACAGGAACAGCUCUGUUCUAGGGGAAAGGAGGCUUCUGGUGCUGUGAGAACCCAUUUUGAACAGAAAAGGCAGCCUUUUUUUCCUAAGGUGUUUAAACAUUGAUAUAACUUGGAUUUUUGUUUGUUUUUAAAUCUAGAUGUUAGCAUGGUGGCUGUGCCUAUAAUCCCAUCCAUGGAGAGGCCGAGGUGGGAUAACAAGUUCUAGGCUAGCCUGGACAACAUAGCAAGACCCUCAAUAUAAAAUUUUAAAAGGAGGGCUAGUGGCAUAGCUCAGUGUUAGAAUACUUCUACCUAGCAAGAUUAAGGUGCCAGGUUCAAUCCACAUGCCAUGCUCACUAAGUGUCUACGAAGUGACAGGUUUCUAGUCUGAGGGAAAGGCUAGACUAAGCAUUCCCCUGCAGAAUUCCAGGACCCCACCUAAUAGACGCACACACGCACGCGUGCACAUGUACACACACAAACACACACACUCAUUCCACCCUUUACAAAAUCCUAGGACCCAUCUUUAAAGCACUUUGUAUGUCUAUUAUUCAGGAGAAUCUAUUCUGCCUUGACCCAAAGCUUUUUCUGACACUGAUCCUCUCUUACAAAAUCUGAAGGAAAGGCUGAGACAGGAGGAUCACAAGUUUGAGACCAGCCUGUGCUAUGUAGUUAAAGUUCCAGGCCAGCUACAUAGACUUUGUCUCCAAAAAAAAAAAAAAAAGGUAACUAGACUGACCAGCUUUGGCUUGUCAGCCUGACUAGCCCAAGAAUGCCAAGAGGGAAAGGAUAUUUAAGUUGAAAAUGGUUUUAAUAGCAUCCUGUGGGGAAAGAUAGCUCACCCCUACAUUGUAGGGUCACAUCACAGAAUUCUUUGGUUUGAGCCUCAUUCUUGGGUAUGCUCAGCUCUAAGACAUGCUGUCCCCACAAACCAUAAAGCUAAAAGCUGUGAUGCAGGCCAGAAAGAAGCGGCAGCAUAAGGCUAUGGAGCUCUCAGCUGAAGCCAGCCAACUCCUGGAGCCCCAUGCUGCCAGCAGUGUCCACAGAUGGGGUGCAGCCCCUGACACCAUGUCUCAGCUUAUGUUCUGGCUCUGGGUAGUGGUUCUCCCCAGUGAUGAAUCUCCACUAUGUAGUAACUAGGACAACCUAAGCCUUUGGAAGACUUAAGUCACUGACCAUGGAGGUACUAAGAUCUAGACCUGGUGUACCCUUCUUUGUUGGGAUUGGCUCUCUUAACUGGAUUUUUUCCAGAGGAAUGUUGUCACUGGAGGGGGCUGUUUGUAAGGAAGUGUGUGGCCAUCAGCAGUGCUCAAGAAGGGACACAGAAUGUCAGGUGCAUCUCUUGACCACUCUUAUGAUUGCCACAUGGGCAUACAUAACUCACCUCUUAGAAACUACAGGCAGAUGCCAAGCCCAGGGUUGGGCUCUCACAAGGAUCUGACCUGACACGACAGAGCAGGGGAAAUGGGAAAUGUGACUUAGUAAUCAGGCAUGUUGUGUUAAUCACAAUCUUGAAUGUAUAAAUAGCUCUAAGAUGCUUGGGCCAGGCACCUUAGUGAUGAGCAGCUACUAGUUCUUCCAGACCUCACUGGAACUGAGAUGACAAUCCAGCAUUUUUGGCCAAAUAUAGGCUUUGACUCUGAAUCUUUCCCACAGACUUUGGAAUGUUACAGUGUGAAGCCACCAAUCUGUUUUCUCAGCUGUCCCCAAGAAGCCCUUUAAUAUUCAGAUUCCCAGCUCCCUGCUGUGUUUCCAGUUUGCCUCUUUACCUCCACACUCCCUUUAGCCUCUAUGUGGUGCUUUGACAUCCAUAUGCUCUGCUGUUCAGUGCUGUCUAGUCGUUGGGCUGAGAAAACACAGCAGCAGGAGUCCCAGGUUGGGCAUUCAUCUUUGAAAAUUCCUCCUCGGUUUAAGGAAAACACUAAUACUGAAGCGAUGUGGACUUGUGGCUUAGGGGGGGUCUGUGAGAUUUCCCAGGCUGUCCUAAAGGCUGUCAGUAUGGGUUUUGUGAUCACAGGCAGCCCAAGGGAUGUAAGAACAGAACAUGAUGAGGGUCAGACUGGAUGCUGCUAACAAACACCAGCCGUGUGCUCUGUUGAGCCUGGGACGUGGGACUGGUUGGCCUUAAGGGUAACACAGGUUCUGGCACGAAAGAAUACUACACACCUGCAAUCUUGGUUGCUUACCCUAAGUGACAGAAGUAAACACUAACUUCUAAUAAAACUGUAUUCCACUGCA